AUGGCAACAACAUCAAAUCAAAUUUCAUUCUACGCAUAUAAAGAGCCAACAAUAACAGCGGAACUGACGAUGAUUGACAAUGGACCACGAACAGCAGAAUCAACAAUAGAACAACAAGAAUGUGAAAUCACGGAAGAAAUCAAUGAAACAUUUUACUUCAUUGACUAUGCAAAGUUAGUCACUACAGAAAUGCUGGAACAACUAGAGAACAACAAGAAUAAGGAACUAUCGCUUGACAAUAUAGAUUCACUUGUAAUCACAAACCCCCGCCAUCCCAAAUUUGAAAUUGGUCAGAUCUACAAAGACAAGGCAACACUAAAAAGCUUUCUCAGCUACUUUGCAAUAACAAACCACUUCCAAUACAAGGUGUUUAAAUCAUGCUCUAGAGAAUACAGCAUUAUUUGUUUGGAAAAAAACUGCAAAUUCAGUGAUCAACAACAAGCAACAUCAAAAUUAAUAGGCAACUACAUAAAGCCAAAGUUCCUCAACCUGAAAACAACAUGCACUCCACUAGACAUUAAAGGCGACUUGAAUGAUAGAUACAGUAUAAAGAUGAAUUAUAGGAAAGCAUGGAGAAGUAAGGAACAUGCACUCAACAAAUUACGAGGAAAUGCAAAGGAAUCUUACAACCUCAUACCGAGUUACUUGUACAUGCUACAAAAAACCAACCCUGGAACUAUAGUUGACAUUGAAAAAGGAGAAGAUAAGAGUUUGUUGUUUCUAUUCAUGGCCUUGAAUGCAUCUUUGAGAGGCUGGGAAAAAUGCAAACCUAUAAUAGUUGUUGAUGGCACUUUCUUGAAGUCUGCAUAUGGAGGAACGUUGCUCUCUGCUAGUGCACAGGAUGCAAGAGGUAAAAUAUUCCCACUUGCUUUUUAUAUGGAAGAUUCUGAGAACAACAAGUCAUGGGAGUGGUUUUUCACAAAAUUAAGAGCAGCAUAUGGAGUUAGAGAAGACCAAUGUAUAAUAUCAGAUCGACAUGAAAGCAUAAUCAAAGCAACAAACAAAGUUUUCCCAAAAAUAACACAUGGCUACUGCAUGUUCCACCUAUUAAGAAACCUGAAAACAACCUACAAGAAGCAUGCCAAGGAAUAUAGUAAAAUUGGAUAUCAUAAAUGGUCAAGAUUCUACUCCAAAAACAAAAGGUACUCGGUAAUGACUUCCAAUAUUGCUGAGUCACUUAACGCAGCCACCGUGGCAGCUAGAGAAGUACCUGUCACAAUACUUUUGGAGUGUUUGCAUGGAUUACUCCAAGAUUGGACAUACACUAAUAGGAAACUAGAUCAAAAAACAAUGACAAGAUUGACACCAGUUGCAAAACAAGCACUCACCAACAACUUCGUAUACUCUUUGAGAUUAACUGUAAAGCCAGCAAAUGAAUAUCUGUUUGAGGUAUUUAAAGAAGAUAAAUCAUGGAUUGUAAAUCUUAAAGAACGAAUUUGCACUUGA